UUGUGCAACCGGAUCUCACGGUCGCAGACCAUUAGUAAAAGCGUCAAUUCAAUAAUUCACGGCCGCCGUUUUCACUGGUCGAAAAUCGCGAAAAUAAUCAUCGGAAAAACGAUUCGCGUCGGCCCGUUACGUACGCUUUCUAGCCCGGUGCAGCGCUGCGCCCGCGCAGUGUCCCACCGACCCGCUGCGGACUAACGCGCUUCUAUGUAAACACAAUAUUUACAUACUUCAUCGUAUAAGACAAGUGGCACACGCUAAAAACAUCAGACCGUCAGACUGACGCGCGCCCAUCUGUUUAGCAACCCCUUGCAUCCAAGUCAGAUUAGACAACGCGGUGAAAGGUAUAAAAGUAUAUAACAAAAAAACAGCGAUUUUUCAGUGCAGUUCGGACGAGAUGCGGCCAGUAGCGAUCUGGCUACUGACGGUUGUGGCGCUCGCAGCCGCAGAAAUCGCGGAGGAACCCUGGGUCGAAGAGGAAGAUCUCGAAGAGCCUUACAAUGAGGAGAGGGAAGAAACAAUCGAGAGAUACAGAAGAGAGGCGUACGUGGAAGAACCUUAUGAGGAACAUAUUAGAGUGAAAAGGUGCUACGACGAGCCGGUGUACAGAGUGAGGCGCUCAGCUGAUUAUUCAAGGGUUCCUCGCCAAGUUCAUCAGUACGAAGUCCAUGAGUUCACGGAUGAUGCGUCUCCAUCGUCGCCGCCUUACGAGGAAAUGUUGGCAGCCAGCGCUGAUCAUUACCACAGAGUAUAUGCCGCCCCACCGUCGGCAUAUGCUCGUUACCGUAACCCUGAAGUGAGUCCAGUUCAGUUCUCAUUCCAACCUGUGGUGUCCCAACCUGCCAAUCAAUAUGUUGCUUCGUUACCAAACGCCCCGUUGAAUGACCAGCCUAAUGUGAACCAUGACCCUGUUCAGUUUGUCGCUCCGCCUAACCUGGUUAAUGUUGCUUCCGCCCCGUUUGCUUCGGCAGCAAAUGCCGAAGCACCUGUGCAUGGACCGGUGCCUGUUCCAUCUGUGAGUGUGCCGCAGCAUGUGAAGUUGGAUGGUGAUCAGUACGCGGCGGCUGGACAUCAUCAUAAACAUUCCUCGGGACAUUCGCAUGGCGGUGGUCACGGCAAGCAUGCAGAUCACCACUCUAAUCGUGGUGGUAAGAGUACUAAGGGUUACAAAUCCAAUCAUCACCUAGACAAAGGAGCUAAAGGUUCAAAACUUGAUGAGAACCAUCGCAAGGAGUAUGAGGAAGCUGCAGGAAAGAAGCAUAAGCACCACGACCACGCUGAUCAUAAAGGCAGCCAUGAGGAAGAAGCCCAUGGGCACAGAGGUUCCAAGUUUGAUGAGAAGAAAGGUCACAAAAAAGGACACAAGACUAAAGGAUACCACAACAAAUACCACAAAGAUGAGUUCCACAAAGAGCACAAGUUCUACGACGACUUCCAUAAGAGUGGAGAACACCAUCGGUUCGGCAAGUUCCACGCCAAGCACGCCAGCAACGAGAGUGGCAAAAAGAAGGCGCACCAUGUCAACGCUGGCCAUGACUUCAUGGAGCGCGGGAAGAAGGGAUACAGUAACAAAGGUCAUCUUGAUGAAGAUCACAAAGGUUAUAAAGGCAAAGAUGGACACAAGGAGCAUCAUGCGUCACACUCUGAGCACGGCAAGAAAGGUGGCAAGGAAGGCGGCUCACAGUGGGGCUAUCAGAAGAAACAGUAGACCUACUCAAGAACUAAAAGACUUGUAUACUAAUUAGCUAUAAAUAUAAGCAAUUUGUGUGGACAACGAUGCUAAUCAGCAUCACAUAUUGCCACUAAUCCAUACCAGUAUUAUAGAUGUGAUUUCGCUAAUUCUUUUUUUGGCUAUGUUUGUUAUUGUCAGAA